AUGAAAUACUUAGCUGCUUACUUAUUAUUAGUUCAAGGUGGUAACGCUGCCCCAUCCGCUGCCGACAUCAAGUCUGUUAUUGACUCUGUUGGUCUAGAAGUUGAUGAAACUAGAAUCAACUCCUUGUUGUCUUCUUUGGAAGGUAAGGGUUCUCUAGAUGAAAUCAUUGCUGCUGGUGCUCAAAAGUUCGCUUCCGUUCCAGCUGGUGGUGUCGCUACUGGUGGUGCUGCUGUUGGUGGUGCUUCAUCUGGUGCUGCUGGUGCCGCUGCUGAAGAAAAGGAAGAAGAAGCUAAGGAAGAAUCCGAUGAUGACAUGGGUUUCGGUCUUUUCGAUUAA